AUCCCCUCCUCCUGGGGAGAAACGGUGCGUCUCUCUCCAAGUCGCCAAGUUGGUGAGGCUCCAGCUGCAGGUUGAUGCGUCGAUUGCGCAGCCUCGUUGCUACUUGCUUGGAAACCGCCGCAGCCGGGAAACUUUUCCCUUUGCGUCCUGCUGCUGCCGCUGUCUCCUUUUCUCCUCGGCUUUGGGGACUUUCAGCCCUUUGAUCCUCAGCUAUGGCUCUCCGGGGGAAACACUAGUUGCUCCUUCUCCUUUCUCCCAAAUCCCAAUUCCCUCCGGGAUUUCUCCAUUUCACUUUUUUUUUUUUUGCUUUAUUGCCAAACGCACCCGCGAAAAAAUGGCGAGGGCGCCGGGGAAGAUCCGCUGCGCCCCGCCAGUGCCGCCGCCGCUGGUGCUGCUGCUGCUGGCCGCGGCCGUGCCCUCUGGCUCGGAAGGGCAGCCGGUCUCCUUCCACGCGGAUGUGAACGGCCACAGCCUGCACCCACCUUACUUCAACCUGGCCGAGGGGACCAAGAUCUCGGCCACCGCGACCUGCGGCGAGGAAGACUUCGGCGCCAAGACCCCCAGAGCCGUGGAGGAUUUGUACUGCAAACUCGUGGGCGGGCCAGUGUCAGGAGGGGACCCCAACCAGACCAUCCAGGGUCAGUACUGUGACAUCUGCUCAUCGGCCAACAGCAACAAAGCCCAUCCCAUCACCAAUGCUAUAGAUGGCACCGAGCGCUGGUGGCAAAGCCCUCCUCUUUCGCGAAGGCUGGAAUUCAAUGAGGUCAACGUCACCUUGGAUCUUGGACAGCUCUUCCAUGUGGCCUACGUUCUGAUCAAGUUUGCAAAUUCCCCUCGCCCAGACCUGUGGGUGCUUGAGCGGUCAACGGAUUUUGGACUUACAUAUGAGCCUUGGCAGUACUUUGCCUCUUCCAAGAGAGAUUGUAUAGAGAAAUUUGGCCUGAGGACACUGGAACGGAUAACCAAAGACAACGAUGCCAUCUGCACCACUGAAUACUCCCGAAUUGUGCCCUUGGAGAAUGGCGAGAUUGUGGUCUCUUUGGUGAACGGGCGUCCAGGAGCCAUGAACUUCUCUUAUUCUCCUCUGUUAAGGAAUUUCACCAAAGCCACCAACAUUCGAUUACGCUUCCUGCGGACUAACACCCUCCUUGGGCAUCUGAUGGGAAAGGCCUUACGAGACCCGACCGUGACCAGGAGGUAUUACUACAGCAUCAAAGAUAUCAGCAUUGGAGGACGGUGUGUAUGCCAUGGUCACGCUGAUGUCUGUGAUGCCAAAGACCCUACGGAUCCUUAUAGGUUACAGUGUGACUGUCAGCACAACACCUGUGGAGCGUCAUGUGAUCGAUGCUGCCCAGGCUUCAACCAGAUGCCAUGGAAACCAGCCACAACCGACAGCGCCAAUGAAUGUGAAUCCUGCAAUUGCAACGGCCAUGCCUAUGAUUGCUAUUACGACCCAGAGGUGGAUCUUCACAAGGCCAGCACAAAUCGCGAUGGUCAGCUCUCAGGUGGAGGUGUAUGCAUUGACUGCCAGCAUCACACAGCGGGGGUCAAUUGCGAGAGGUGCAGUCCAGGAUACUAUAAAUCCCCAGACCAUCAAAUAGAUUCACCAUACAUUUGCUAUCGUUGCAAUUGCGACUCGGACUUCACAGAUGGCACCUGUGAGGACCUCACUGGCCGCUGUUACUGCAAGCCGAAUUACACAGGGGAGCACUGCGACUCAUGUGCAGAUGGCUACGUGGAGUUCCCGCACUGUUAUCCUGAACCAGUUUACUCUUACAAUGACACCGGAGAGCAAGUCCUCCCAGUUGGGCAGAUAAUAAACUGCGACUGCAACGUUGCCGGGACAAGAGGGAACGCCUGCCGUAAAGAUGCUCAAACGGGGUUGUGUUUGUGUAAACCCAACUUCCAAGGGACUCAGUGUGACCAGUGUGUGCCUGGGUACUAUGGACCAGGUUGCCAUCCAUGCCAGUGCUCUGGCCCUGGCUACUAUGAUGGCACGUGUGACAGUGAGACUGGCCAGUGUCUUUGUCGAGCUGGAUUUGAAGGCUACACGUGCGAUCAGUGUGCCCCUGGCUACUUCAACUACCCACUGUGCCAGCUUUGUGGCUGCAGUGCUGUUGGGACAUUGCCAGAAGGCUGUGAUGCCUCUGGAAGGUGCUUCUGCAGGCCUGAAUAUGUUGGGCCUCACUGUGACCAGUGCAGCGUUGGAUAUCAUUCAUACCCUCACUGCCAAGCUUGCUCCUGUGACCCCCGGGGUGCUCUGGACAAUGACUGCAGCCCUGUUGGUCAGUGCCAUUGCCACUCAAAUUAUAUAGGCCACACGUGCAACCAGUGUGCCCCAGGCUUUUAUGGGUACCCUACCUGUACAGCUUGCCACUGUUCCACAGAAGGCUCUCUAUACGGCACCUGUGACCAGGAGACAGGGCAGUGCAGUUGUCGGCAGAGAGUAAUGGGGCUGCGCUGUGAUACCUGCAUUCCUGGGACUUACGGUUUCCCGCAGUGUGAAGUGGGCUCUUGUAAUCCUGCGGGGCUUGCAAAUGCAGACCCUUCCCUGCCAGUGGGGUUCUGCGAAUGUCGAGCCUAUGUGGAAGGCGAAGCUUGCGAUAGGUGCAAACCGCUCUACUGGAACCUGACUCCAGAUAACCCAUUUGGAUGCAUGAGCUGCCAGUGUGACACCAUGGGGACAGUUGCAGGUGUUGCUGAAUGCCAGCAAGGCGAUGGGCACUGCUUCUGCAAGCCCAAUACCUGUGGUCAGUUCUGUUCAACUUGCAAAGAAGGAUACUACAACCUGGAGAGCGGGAAUUACUUUGGCUGUCAAGGAUGCCACUGUGACAUCGGUGGGGCAGCCGGGCCGGCGUGUGACGAGAAGACUGGAUCCUGUCGCUGCAGACUGAAUACGCAAGGCCCCACUUGCACUCAACCAGCAAUAGACCAUUAUAUCCCUGACCUUCAUCACCUGAAAUAUGAGCUGGAAGAGGGAACUGCGCUGGAUGGACGGCCUGUUCGAUUUGGCUACAACCCCUUGGAAUUUGAGAAUUUCAGCUGGAGAGGAUAUGCACAAAUGUCCUCCAUCCAGAACAAAGUCAAAGUCACAGUGCGGGUCAGAGAAGCAGAGAUCUAUCUCUUCCAUGUCAUCUUGAGAUAUAUUAAUUCAGGAAGUGCCACUGUGUACGGCAAAAUUACAGCUUAUCAGCCACGAAGGAGAGAUACAGAACAGACAAAGCAGAUUGUAUUUGUGCCCACAAAAGAGCCGGCUUUUGUCACUGUUCCUCAGAACAGCUUUGGGGAGCCGUUUGUGCUGAGCCCUAAUGUGUGGUCUCUGGUCAUUGAAGUCGAGGAUGUACUACUGGACUACAUGGUCCUGUUGCCCAGUUCCUACUACGAGGCUCCUAUAUUGCAGCUGAAAGUCUCAGAUCCUUGCACCUACGGCCCAGCUCCUGAACAAGUUGGACAGAACUGCCUCCUGUAUAAGUAUGUGCCUGUGGAGCAGUUCCCCUUUGGGUCAGGAGACGAUGCUAUAUGUAAGGUGGACAACAGCUUGCCGAGACCCUGUCCGAAAGAGCGGGUUUUGCCUACGUACCCUGAGAUGGUGGAAUGCAAUGGAAGCGAUGUGGAAAUACAGCUGUCGAUUGCCAUACCCCAGCCAGGGAAGUAUGCACUCCUAGUUGAAUAUGCUACUGAGGAUACUCCACAAACAAUCAAUGUAGUGGUCAGCUCACCUCAGCUUGCCAUUCAGCAGGGAAGUCUCCUUAUAUACACCUGCAAGUACAGUUUCCUCUGCCGUGGGAUAGUUUUAGAUUCACUAAAUCGCUUGGCAGCUUUCGAACUGGCCACCGAAGCUACGAUUCAAUUCUCUGCAGAUCAGGCCCACUUUUUCUUGCACAAAGUGUACCUCAUCCCAUAUGAGCAAUUCACAUUAGAGUUUGUGGAACCAAAUGUUCACUGCAUCAGUGUCCAUGGAGCGUUCUCACCAAACAGUAGCUCCUGUGUCCCAUCAAGGUAUCAGAAGAUUUCUCAGUCCAUUGUCUUGGAGGAGGGGCAGUUACUACCAGUCGCUCCAGGCUUCCCCCUUAUUCAUGCCUUUAGUGUCCCCCCAGUGGCUAUUCCACCUGCAGCUCCACUUCAGCCUCCUACCUUAUUAGACACCUCUGCAGAGCUCAUCCUGCUAAAGGCUCCCCAGACAACUAUUGUGUUGAAUGGCCACAUCCAAAGUCUGGGGCGUUAUGCCUUCAUCCUGCACUGCUACCAGCCCAGUCACCCAACUUUUCCUGUGGAAGUGUUGAUCAACGGUGGACGUAUUUGGCAGGGACAGGCUAAUGCUACUUUCUGCCCACAUGGAUAUGGUUGCCGGAAUCUGGUAGUUUCAGAAAACCAAAUUGUUUUGGACGUUACGGAUAAUGACUUGAGUGUCGUCAUUCGUGUGCCAGAGAAUAGGUACCUUUGGCUGGAUUAUAUCCUCGUGGUUCCUGAAGACAGUUAUGGUUCCAGCUACCUUUCAGAAGAACCACUAGACAAGUCCUAUGAUUUCAUCAGCAACUGUGGAGUCAACAGCUUUUAUAUCAACCCUGCGACAUCCUCCAAGUUCUGCCAGGACUCUGCCAUAUCUAUCUCUCUUUUUUACAACAACGGGGCCCAGCCUUGCCACUGCCACGAGGCAGGAGCCAUCCGGAGCCAGUGUGAGCCGUUUGGUGGCCAGUGUGCUUGCAAGUCAAAUGUCAUCGGGCGAGAGUGUUCCCGCUGUGCUACGGGCUAUUGGGGUUUCCCCAGCUGCAGACCCUGUAACUGUGGAAGUCGCCUGUGUGACGAACUGACAGGACAGUGCAUCUGUCCACCACGCACCAUCAAACCCGAGUGUAUCGUCUGCGAGCCCCAGACUUUUGGCUGUCACCCACUGGUUGGCUGUGAAGACUGCAAUUGUUCUAGUCCCGGGACCCAAGAUCUGGCAGAGCCAGGAUGUAACGUAGAGAGUGGACAGUGCAGAUGCAAACCCAACAUAGUAGGACGUCAGUGUGAUCUCUGCGCCCCAGGCUAUUAUGGUUACCCAAACUGCAGGAGCUGCAACUGUCACCAAGCAGGGACAAAAGCAAGUGUGUGUGAUCCAGUCACUGGGCAGUGCCACUGCAAGGAGAACGUGGAAGGUCCAAAGUGUGACCAGUGCCACCUGGGGACGUUCUCUCUGGAUGCCAGCAACCCAAAAGGCUGCACCAGUUGCUUCUGCUUUGGGGCGACAGAUCGCUGUCACAGCGCUGAGAAGUACCGCGUAGAGUUUAUGGACAUGAGUGGGUGGAGUUUGCUCAGCGGAGACCGCCAGGAAGUCCCCACCUUGGUCAGCUUGGAAAAUGAGAUUGUUCGUGCUGAUCUCCGGAAUUUCCCAGAGGCCUUCCAAGAGCUUUACUGGCAUGCUCCCAGCUCCUACCUUGGAGACCAGGUCUCCUCCUAUGGCGGGUUUUUGCGCUAUGAGCUGCACUCAGACACCCAAAGGGGUGAUGUGUUCAUACCGAUGGAGCCCCGGCCUGAUGUUAUUCUCAAGGGAAACCAAAUGAGCAUUAUGUUUCUUGAGAGCACCUAUCCUGUCCCUGGGGAUGUCUAUGAAGGGCAGCUCCAACUUUUGGAGGGUAACUUCAGACACAGCGAGACUCACAACCCUGUCUCCAGGGAAGAACUGAUGAUGGUGCUGGCGAAGCUGGAGCAGCUGCAGAUCCGGGCUCUCUACUCCCAGAUCUCGUCGUCUGUAUCGCUGCAUCGGGUGACAUUGGAGAGAGCAACAGAGACUGGCGGGGGCCUGCAAGCCAGCAAUGUGGAGCUCUGCAUGUGCCCAGCCAAUUAUAGAGGAGACUCUUGCCAGGAAUGUGCUCCGGGCUAUUACAGGGACACCAAAGGCCUCUUCCUGGGAAAAUGUGUUCCAUGUAAUUGCAACGGUCAUUCAGACCAGUGCCUUCCGGGAUCUGGAAAAUGCAUUAACUGCCAGCACAACACAGAGGGAGAUCACUGUGAAAGCUGCAAAGAUGGUUUUGUGGGGAACUCUUCACUUGAUGGGCCUCUGCAGUGCAUAGAGUGCCCCUGCCCUCUUUCGGUUGGGUCUAACAACUUCGCCAUUGGAUGUGUCCACAGAGGCUCUGCCACUCAAUGUCUGUGUAUGCCUGGCUAUGCUGGAGUUUCGUGUGAACGGUGUGCUCCGGGUUACUAUGGAAACCCUCUAGUGAUUGGCAGCUCCUGCCAGCCUUGUGACUGCAGUGGGAAUGCCGACCCCAACAUGCUGUUCAGCGACUGUGACCCCUUGACAGGAUUCUGCACAGGGUGCAUGUACAACACGGCAGGGCCCCGCUGCGAAGUGUGUGCCCCAGGUUUUUAUGGAGACGCUGUGCUGGCAAAGAACUGCACUGAAUGCAGCUGUAUGUCCUGUGGGACAGAAUCAUGUGAUUCUAGGACUGGCAAGUGUCACUGUAAACCUGGAGUGACUGGGCAGCACUGUGACCGCUGUCAGGAAGGGCACUAUGGCUUCGAAACAUGCUCAGGCUGCCAGAGCUGCAACUGCGAUAUUGGAGCCGUGAGCGCAGAGUGCCAUGCCCACAGUGGCCAGUGUAAUUGCAAUCCGGGUGUAAGCGGUUCCCGUUGCCAGCAGUGUUCCCCUGGCUACUGGGGGCUCAACACAAACGGCUGCUCAAAAUGUCAGUGCAAGGGAGGCUCUUGUAACCCUCGGACUGGAGAAUGCACCUGCUCCAACGGCCUGACGGGAAAGCAGUGCAGCACCUGUAUUAAGAAGCACGAGAUCCCUGUGGUGGAUGGCCCAGACAGCAUGAGAUGCGAAGCUUGUGACAGCUGCGUGCUACUUUUGUUGGAAGAUCUCGAGGAGAUUGGAAAUGCUUUCCCUGCGCUCAGGAAUCAGCUGACGAGCCUCAACUCCACCUCCAUCGCAUGGGCCCGUCUGCAUAGCAUCAAUGGUUCUAUGCAAGCCAUCGCUAACCAUCUCCAUGACUAUCAGAGAUCCCUAAACAGGGCCAGGCAGCAGACCGAUGAGCUGGAAGAGGAGAACACAGACUUCGUUCAGGAUCUGAAUGCACUUCAGCACAAGGCAACAAUGACCCACAGAAAAGCAAACCAAGUAACAGAUGGCACAGAAGAGAACUACCAGCAUGCAGAGAGCCUUGUUCUAGAUAUCACUAACAUUCGGUACAAACUUGAUGAAAUUGUAUGCCAGAUGCAAAUCUUUGCUGCCACAAAUGCCAGCACCAGCACCACAGAGGAGUUCCGGCAGAAGUUGGCUGAGGUCGAUGCAAUGCUGAGGCAUAUGAAGGCCACUGAUUUUAGUUUCCAAAGAGCAACGGCCGUUGAAGAACACAAUGAAGCCCAUAAAUUGCUGGACCGGGUGAAAACCGAGCUCUUCAACAAGUUGGAGUCCAACCAAGAACUGAUGAACCAAAUCAACGGCCAGUUGGAUCAGUACAGUUCAGAACUGAUGGACCUGCGAGAUGCCCUGAACGAAGCUGUGAACAAAAGCCGUCAGACAGAGGACCUCAACAGCCUAAAUCGUAAUCACCUGGAGGAAACCCAGCAAAAGAGCAAGGAACUGCAAGAGCAGUUUGGCCUUGUCCGGGAUACCUUGCGCAUGGCUGAAGAUUCCCUUGCCCAGGUCUCUGAUUUCCUGCAGAUAAUAGAAAAUGCCAAGGAGGAAUCUGAGAAGUUAGCAGCCCAGCUGGAUGGUGCCAGAUACCCCCUGUCAGAGAAGGCAAAGGAGUACUCUCUCGCUAGCACCAAGAUCCCAGUCGUUGAGGCAGCUGAAGAGCAUGCAAAGCUUCUGGAUGAGCUGGCAAGAAACUUGUCCAGCAUUAUCCAUGGCACCAACCAGGAUGGAUUCAUCCAGCGGGCGGUCAAUGCCUCCACUGCCUACGCCAGCAUCAUCGAGGCAGUGGAGAAUGCGCAGCGAGCAGCCAAUGAAGCUAAUAAUGCUGCCGGCGAAGCUUUGAUGAGUGUCAUCUUAGACGAUCUUGGGGCUGUGUCAAAAGAGAUGAAGAAAAACAGCACUGCUUUAGGAGAAGCUGUGAAGAGGGAGCAGAGGAGGCUCAGUGGAGACAUCAAGGGAGCACUACAGGCAGCCAAGGACAGAUUGGCUGGCAUGCAAACAAAGAAAGAGCAACUUCUGAAACAGCUGCAGUCGGUGAAGAACACACUGGACACGGUCCAAGAUGGCACAUCGGAGGCCAUCCAGAGGGCGAAAGACGCUGCUGCGGAGGCUAGUGAAACAGUGUCUAGAAUGGAAGGUAGACUGAGCGAUAUGAAGAAGAAUCUUGAUGAAUGGAAGGAACAAUAUGGGGACCUUAAAAGCAACGAUUUAAAUCAAGCUGUUCGAGAUGCCAGGAACACAGUCUCAAGCCUUGAGAGCACCCUCCCAUUGCUCCUGGGAAAGCUGAGCAGUUUGGAGAACAGAAGGAGCCACAACGCAACCGUUUCAGACAACAUCCUGCGGGUGCGCCAGCUGAUCUCGCUGGCCCGGAAUGCCGUCAGUAAGAUCAAAGUCCCCGUGAAGUUCAAUGGAACGUCAGGUGUGCAGAUCCGGACUCCCAGCAACCUUCAGGAUUUGGCUGCCUACACUUCGCUCAAAUUCUACAUCCAGAACCCAGAGCCCAAACCGAGGCAGAGGCGUCAAAAUGGAGAUGACCCGGGGCGCUUUGUGUUGUACCUGGGGCACAGGAAUGGCACUGGUGACUACAUGGGCAUCAUCCUGAAAGACAGCAAGGUGCAAUGGGUCUACAGACUGGGGGAUGAAGAACCAACACAUCUAUCUGUUGAUCAAGAAAUUGGAGAGCAAUUUGCAGCAGUCAGCAUCAACAGGAUUUUGCAGUACGGGCACAUGUCUGUGACAGUGGAGAAGCAAACGUUGCACGAGACAAAAGGCGACAGCGUUGCCAAAGGAGAGCAGGGACUGUUCAACUUCAAGCCCCAGAACGUGGUCUUGUACGUGGGCGGCUACCCCUCCAGCUUCACGCCUCCAGCACCCCUGCGCUACCCUAACUACAAAGGCUGCAUAGAGAUGGAUUCUCUCAACGAAGAAGUCGUCAGCCUGUACAACUUCCAGCGCACCUUCCAUUUGGACACUGCCGCCCAGAGGCCGUGCACAAGGUCUAAAUCAACAGGGGACCCCUGGCUGACUGACGGCUCCUAUUUCGAUGGCACCGGUUAUGCAGAGAUCACGUUUGAGGGCCAGAGUGGCUCCUUCAAGCGCUUUGAACUAGAGAUGCGGCUGGUGUCGCACAAUGGGAUCCUUUUCUUCCUGAAAUUUCAGAGACAGCUCAUCUGCUUGGCUGUUCAAGAAGGAAAGCUGGUGCUCUACUAUGACUUUGACGGAGGCCUGAAGGUGGCCCAAGCCUCCAAGGAACCUGCAGCACUGGUAGCCAGCAGCAAUACAGAUAAAGUGAUCCAAAUAUUCCUCCACAAAAUGGGUUCCAAGGACCGCGUUCUGGUGCGCCUGGAGCAGUCUACCGUCUUCAAUGUGGAGCAGGAGAACAAGUUGCAGAGUGCCACUUCCUACUUCCUGGGUGGUGCGCCCACCUCCAUUCUGCCCGAAAGCCUGAAGAAAAUAUUCCCCAAAGGCGGAUCCAUCCGAGGAUGCAUGAAAGGGUUGAAGGCUCUUGGAAAAUAUGUUGACUUAAAACGUAUGAACACCACGGGAGUGAGUUACGGCUGUACCUCAGACCUCCUGGUGGCUCGCUCGGUUAAACUUCACGGCCACGGCUUCUUGACGAUGUCGCUGCAGGAUGUGCCCUCUUUGCAAGAUUUCUACACUGGUUUCAGCUUCCGCACCACCCAAAGCCGUGGCUUGAUGUUCCACCAUGUUACAGAGGAGGGUACCUGCCAGGUUUCCUUGCAGAAUGGCAGAGUGGCCGUUAGCGUCCUCUCUACAGAGCUCACCACCAAGAACGCAUAUGCAGACGACACAAGCCACUAUGUUGCUCUCUACAGCGACUCCGCAGGAGUCCGGCUUUACGUUGACGAUCAGCUUCAGGGAAGCCAACCGGGCCCUGAUCGCCACAGGAGGCAGAAGCGGCAAGAUGAGCUGGCCGUCUUUCAGCUAGGAGGCAUGCCUGAAGCCGGCGAAAUCGGCAACCUCACAGGGUGCAUCGGGAAUGUCUUUGUCAGGAGGAAAUCAGACCCGCAGAUGGUCGUGGACCUGCAGCAGAGCACCAAGAACGUCAACGUGACCAUGAACUGCCCCAGGGAUCGGCAGCCCCAGCAGAUGAGGGCAUCGGAGAAGAAGGGCAAGUGGAAACCGAAGGUGCCAAGCAAGUCAACGCUGAGAGAUAGGAGCUGCCAUUUACCCAAAUACCCCCAAGCCUUUAAGAAUGCCUUCCAGUUUGGUGCGUCCCCAGUGAGCCGCUUGGAAUUUGAUGACAUUCCAGCAACAUUCCACGAAAGGUUUCACUUCUCCAUGGAGGUCAGACUGAACUCAUCCAACGGUCUCCUCUUUUACAUGGCCAAUGAAUCUCUGGGAUCCUUCUUCUCCCUCUUUGUCUCCAGCGGCCGCUUUGUGCUCUUGGCUGAUAUCAGCGGAAGGAAACUGAGAGUCAGGAGCAAAGAGAAGUACCAUGAUGGAAGGUGGCACACAGUCUUCUACAGCAGAGACAGAAGCAGAGUCCAGCUCAUCAUCAAUGGAUUGAGAGCCCAAGAGAAGUCCCUGCCUGUUGCUGGAGACUUCUGGAUCCCUGGUCCUUUUUACAUUGGAGGAGCCCCUGUGGAGAAAGCAAAAGCACAUAUACCAGAUGCUUCCGCUACCAGCUUUAAGGGGUGCAUCCGGCACUUGAAACUAGACAGGAAGCCUCUGGUCUCACCAUCCCGCCUCUUUGGUGUGACCCCUUGUUAUGAGGGUGCUUCGGAAAGUGGUACUUUUUUCUCUGCUGAUGGAGGAUACGUGGCUCUAGACAGGUCCGUAGCUAUUGGGCAGGACUUUGAGUUGAUGCUGGAAAUUCGCCCCCGGAGUGUGUCUGGCUUGGUAUUUCACAUUGGCACAAGACAAACGAACUACCUCAGGCUGUAUACAGACAAGGAAAAGGUCACUGUGAUUGCAAACACUGGUGCUGGGGAAUUUGCCACCUCGGUGACCCAACCUUCACUCUGCGAUGGGCAGUGGCAUACGCUAGCAGUAAUCAAAAGCAGCAACGUGAUUCAGUUAGAUGUGGACACAGAGGGAAAUUACACCGUGGGACCCAACCAAGCCCAUGCUGCUACCAUCAAAGAGAACUUCUACCUCGGUGGAAUGCCAGAACUCGGAGAUACUGGCCUCCCUUUGGCACCUGUGCCUCAACUCCCCUCCUACGUUGGCUGCAUGAAGAACUUGGUGAUCAACCGGAACCAAAUUAACCUAAGAGAAGCUGGGACUGUAAAGGGAGCGGUAGGGCUCACAGGGUGCCCACUUAUGUAAAAACUAUUUGUACGUGUUAAGUCAGUACUGCAGGAAGCCACGUGACCCUUCAGGAAGCCAGCAGGGUCCCUCAAGUUUGGGCACACACCGCAUUCCUUGCCGCCUGGAGAUACAGUCCGUGUUCAGCACCAACAGCAGGUGUGUUGAGAGGGCAAGGAGGCCUCAUCCGUUUUUAUUUGUAAUUGAUGAUUUCCUGCCUUUACACAUUGUCCACAGUAAGGUUUUUGAAGAGGGCAAGGGCAUAUGGUAU